AGUUUGACACUCUUGAGCUUCCGUCCAUCCGAAUGUUCAAAUUUGUGGCUGUUCACGUUGUAUUUAUUUUCUCAUAAAACGUGAGAAGAGUGCAACUAUGUCCGUCAACGCGACAAACCCCAACAAUCCAAUUGUUUUUUUCGACAUUACAAUCGGAGGACAGGAUGUGGGGCGGAUGAAGGUUGAACUGUUUGCUGAUGUUGUCCCGAAAACGGCAGAGAAUUUCAGGCAGUUCUGCACUGGGGAGUUCCGGAAGGAUGGUGUUCCUAUUGGUUACAAGGGCUGCACCUUCCAUAGGGUGAUAAAAGACUUUAUGAUCCAAGGAGGAGACUUUGUAAAUGGUGACGGUACUGGUAUCUGCAGCAUCUACAGGGGUCCAUUUGCAGAUGAAAACUUUCGGGUGAAGCAUUCUGCGCCUGGUCUUCUGUCCAUGGCAAACAGUGGUCCGGGGACAAAUGGGUGCCAGUUUUUUAUAACCUGCACAAAAUGUGACUGGUUAGAUGGAAAACAUGUCGUUUUUGGUAAAGUUGUCGAUGGACUGCUGAUCAUGAGAAAAAUUGAGAACGUUCCCACGGGACCCAACAACAAGCCCAAGCUCCCUAUCCUCAUUGCACAGUGUGGAGAGAUGUGAACCGCUGUGCAUGCAAAUUGUUAUGAAGCACAUGAAGUGAUGUCCCAUACCGUGACUGAUGUUCUAUAAUUCCAUACAGUACAUCCCAAAUGACACACACCUUUGAAUCAUUAAUAGUAAAUAAAUUGUUUUACAUUUUUAUAAACAUUUGCUUUGGACUGUUUGUGAGAAAUCGGAGUUUGUCAUACAUUUAUCCAUUUUUUUUUAUGUGUAUUUUUUUUUAGGUAAGGCAAAAGUGAGACUAAGGAGUACCAUAAAAGUUGCUCAUAAUGAAAUGAUGAAAUAGCGCAGCCUAGAGGACAUUUUAAUGC